AGAUGAGAUUCUGAGGCAGUUACCUUAGUAACUAACCAGCAGCACAAAUACACACACGUUCACUCUGAAGAAGUGAGAGCAGCAGACGACAUGGACGAGCUCGAUUUGCUGCUGGAGGAGCUGGCUCUGAACCCAGGGGGUCUGCAGAGUCUCAGUGAGAACAGGAGCAAAGACACAGCUGCUGCAGAGGUGCCAGCUGCAGUUAAUUCAGCAUCAACCAAAAAAGGAAAAGUCUGCUCAAAUGUUUACAGUGACCUGCCUGCUCCUGUGGCUGCUUCCCCGACCCCCGACUCCCCCACUAAAGAACUGGAUGCUAUCCUGCAGGACAUGCUGGGUCUGGGACAAGAGGAUCCAGAGUCUUCAACGACCCCACCACCUCUGACACAAAAACUGUCCGUGAGAAAGAAAACUGAAUCUGGGCAGCAGGAGAAGAAGAAGAAGGAGAGCAGCAGCAGAGCAGCGUCAGACGCUAACGCUUCGACCUCCAGCAGGAAGACAGAAACAAUAGAUGAGCUGCUCGGAGGGCUGAGCUCCGACCUGGAGAAGAUCGGCGUGCGCACCGUAGCCAAGGGCCACUGUGCGUCCUGCAACAAGAACAUUGUGGGAAAGAUGAUCACGGCGCUGGGUGAAGUGUGGCACCCUGAGCACUUUGUGUGUGUGGCGUGUAACACAGAGCUGAGCACCACAAGCUUCUUUGAGAGGGAGGGGCGGCCGUACUGCGACAAAGAUUACCAUCAGCUGUUCUCCCCACGCUGCGCCUACUGCAAGGGGCCCAUUGUGAAGAACAUCCUGACAGCUCUGGACCAGACUUGGCACCCCGACCACUUCUUCUGCACACACUGCGGAGGCCUGUUUGGACCCGACGGUUUCCUAGAAAAGGACGGGAAGCCGUAUUGUUGCAAGGACUUCUACAACCUCUUCGCUCCAAAGUGCUCCGGCUGUGGGGAAUCAGUGAGGGAAAACUACCUGACUGCAGCCAAUGGCACCUGGCAUCCAGAGUGCUUCGUCUGCGCAGACUGUCUGAAGCCCUUCACUGACGGCUGCUUCAUGGAGCUGAACGGCCGCCCCCUCUGCUCGCAGCACUUCCACUCCCGACAGGGCACGCUGUGCGGGAGCUGCGGGGAGCCCAUCACGGGCCGCUGCAUCUCCGCUCUGGAGCGCAAGUUCCACCCGGAGCACUUUGUGUGCGCCUUCUGUCUGCGGCAGCUCAGCCAAGGCAUCUUCAAGGAGCAGCAAGGGAAGCCAUACUGCUUGACUUGCUUCGACAAACUCUUUGUGUGAGCACGACAUGAACAAAUAACGCAACAGAAAUCUAUCAGAGGCCUCACUGUGAUUGUUGAGAUUGAAAUGUCCCUAUAGUAUGAGUGAUACAUUAAAGGGGACCUAUCAUGCAAAAUGCACUUUUGUACGUCUUUUAUAUACGUGUCCCCGGUGUUCCAGGGAACUCACCAAGUGUCAGAAAACACAACCCUCUCUAUUUUCCUCCAUACCCAAAUCUCUAAAAAAGGGGCUGCAACGGAUCUGAUCAAAACUGAUCCAGAUUUGAACACGACAUGAACAAAAAACGCAACAGAAAUCAAUCAAAGGCCUCACUGUGAUUGUUGAGAUUUAAAUGUCCCUAUAGUAUGAGUGAUACAUUAAAUAAGGCAACUAUAUCAUACAUUAGAAUGGGUGUAUUUGCAUUUGUACAGAGCAAUACAAGUUUAAUUUCUUCAGUACUUCAAUGCCAGGGGAGGACAUUUCAAUGAAUUAUACAUUAAGAGUCUUUAACAUGACAUGUGUCGUAAAUUAUUAACAGAUAAUGUAAAAAUAUCCAGGACAAAAUGCUCACAUUGUAACAUAAUUAAUGAUAUGUUGUAAAACAUGGGGAAAAACCCAUUUCCGAUGAUAAAAACAUUUUUCAUAUGUGAACUUUGGAUGGGUCUAUAAGGUGUGUUGCUGACAUUUUUUAUAGGAUUUCAUACAUCAUGAUCACAUGAAAUGUAUAAAUGGAGAAAGAAAAACACAGACGUGCCCUUUUAAUCUGUGGUUUCCAUUAAGGGAUGCUCAGGUUUGCCAUAAGCCUUGGCAGUGAAGAGAUGCUCUGGCAGUCUGCAGCCGUUUGUCAAGGGUUUGGACUAUGUGGCCUGAUAGCUUGUAUUGGCAGAGGCUGGCAUCGAACCGUCGUGCCAACCCCAGUUUCCUUUUACUCUGAUGUACCAACCUCUUCAAUCUCCACACAGGCUCCUUUAUAGACUGCAUGGAAGAUUAAUGAAGGUGGUAAGGGGAACAAAGGUGGUUUCAGAAGGAGUUCACAUCACUGCAUCUCUUCAGUGAUUUUAUUUAAAUGUCGAAGGAUGAAUCAGCCACAAAGUACAUUUAUUUUUGGUGACGCACGUUGCAUGUCUGGCCCUAUUUUAACUAAUUAAAGCUCAAAGAAAAGUUUGGAUGCAAGUCAGGGCAAGAUAUCUGCAGCACAGUUAGGAUGAUAUGUUGUUGUUUAAAAGUGGGAUUCUGUCUGCAGAAUCACAUCAUAAUAAAAUCAAUGUUUUGCACAAAUA